CGCUUUCCCCUUCCUCGCAACCCUGCCUCUCUCACAGUAACAUUCACCACGCCGGACUUCCAGAGACGCCAUGGCAGCCAGCUAGCGCACUAUCCCUCUAUUUAAACCCUCCCUCGAUUUUUGGACCUCCUAGGAUUCCUCCUUCCCCUCUUGGCCAGCGCCAGGUGAGCUAGCCUCUCGAUCCACCCGCUCCGCCCUGGUACAAAUAAUGUUCACGAGCCUGUCGUCACCAGAAGCCCUCCAGCGGCCCUACGAAGGAGCUGAGCGUCCAUAAGUUGUGCUUGUUCGUCCUGCUUCCACGAUGUCCUCUGCUUCAUCGACGUACAUCAAGCCCGAUCAUCAACACCAAGCCCCUCCUCAUGAGCAUCCAUGUGUCCCCAACAAAUGUUCCCCCUCGAUCGCGCUAUGUUUUCAUCGUCAUCUUCGAGCCCGAGAGCGCCGCCGUCGAACCUCGACUCUGGUAGCACCAGGUGUCGAGUAUGAGUACGAGGAUCCUGUUGAGAAUGUUCCUGAAGAGCAAGAGUUUUAUCCCGAGAGUGCCAGGCAAGAUGGUUCACGUACCGCAGACCCUGAAGCAGAUGAUGCUCCACAGCUCGAGUGGGAGUAUGAUGAGGAGAGUCAGCGCAUGUAUGUUACCUACCCAGACGAGUAGAAGGGCCUUGGUCAUCUACUGGGUUAGUGAGAUAGACUUCACUUCAUUUUAUCGUUUGAUUUUGUCUGUAGUCGAACCUUGUCUUAUGGAUGUUUGAAUAAAUGUUGUGUGACUUUUAGUUUAGCAUGUGGCGAGUAUAAGCCAACUCAUAUACUCA